UGCUGUCAGCUGCACUGACAGGAGAAGCGGCAGCAUCACCGCAGACUUGAACGCUCCUGAGUACCUACACGGAUUUAAUCAGCUUUAAUCAGCUCAAAUAUAAACUUUUUUUCCAGCUUGUAAAAUGCGCGCAAGUUUAGAUAUCACUCGGAUAAAUCAGGCAACUCUGAGGCUUUGAACAAGACUAAAUGCAGCACGAGGACGAUGGGGAUUUAUGCGUUCACACCUGCGUACCUACUCUCUGGAAGUUAGCCGGAAACAGGAGAGGAAACCUGCUGUAACUUGUGUUAAAAUAGGAACAUUUUAUUCUGCUGCAGAACCAUGCAGAGUAACAGCAGCGCGUCCGGACCCCUGGCAGCUCUGAACGUGUGCGGAGGAGAAGAGGAUGAACGCGAAUUCUCCAAACUUGUGAGCCCCACAGGAGGAGCCUCUAAUCUCGCAGCUUUGAAUCUGUCACUGAACUGCUGGCUCCACAUCCUCUCCAAGGAGUCCUCUGUGGACCUGCACGCAGACAGCGCAAACCUGGCAGUCCGAGUUGUCAUUGCCCUGGUCUACCUGGUGGUGUGUGUGCUGGGGCUUGUGGGUAACCUCCUGGCUCUCUUCCUGCUUCACUCCCGCCGCCGGGGCCACCACCACUCUUCCAUCGACUGCUUUGUGAUGAGUCUGACGCUGACAGACCUCCAGUUUGUCCUCACCUUGCCCUUCUGGGCCGUGGACACAGUGCUAGACUUCCGCUGGCCCUUUGGCCACCUCAUGUGCAAGAUCGUGAGCUCGGUCACCACCCUGAACAUGUACGCCAGCGUCUUCUUUCUCACAGCCAUGAGCGUGACGCGCUACCACUCCCUGGUUACCUCUCUGAAGAUGAGCAGCCCUACGAUCGCCACUUCUCGUGCCAAAUGGGCCAGUUUAACCAUCUGGGUGGUGUCACUAGUGGCUACGCUGCCUCAUGCUUUCUACUCCACCACAGUCCAGGUGUCUACAGAUGACGAACUGUGCUUAGUCCGCUUCUCGGACUCUGACUCAGGCCACUGGGAUCCUCAGGUCCUGCUUGGACUCUAUCAAACACAGAAAGUGCUUCUGGGAUUUGUAGUUCCCUUGAUUAUCAUCUCUGUGUGCUACCUCCUCCUCCUGAGGUUCAUCCUGAGCCGGCGCAUCGUUGGCAGCAUCGUCAGUGGGAAUGUCACAGAAAGGUCAGAGUCUGAAAAAGGGCGCCACCGUCGACGCUCCAAAGUCACCCGCUCAGUCACCAUUGUAGUUCUGUCCUUCUUCAUCUGCUGGCUGCCCAACCAGGCUCUCACCCUGUGGGGGGUGCUGAUCAAAUUUGACUUGGUUCCCUUCAGUAAAGCCUUCUACAACGCCCAGGCCUACGCCUUCCCGCUGACUGUGUGCUUAGCUCACGCUAACAGCUGUCUCAACCCGGUGCUCUACUGCCUGAUCCGAAAAGAGUACAGAGCUGGACUGAAGGAGCUCCUGCUGAGAGUGUCCCACUCCGUGCAAAGUGUCCUCACCCUGGCUCUGAGAGGGAGGAGGGUGGAGGAAGCACCACCCAGCCUGGUGAUGAUACACAAAGACAUCAAUAUGUGAUUCACUCUGUUAAAGGAAGAGUUUGACAUUUUGGUAAAGAAAAUUAUUCACUUCCUUGCUGAUAGAUGAAAAGAUUGAUGCCACCCUCGUGUUUAUAGGUUAAAUAUGAAGCUUCAGUCAGCUGCAGGUUAGCUUAGCUGAGCACAAAGACUGGAAACAGGGGAAAACAGACAGCCACCAGGGGGCGACCAAGAAAACUAUAUGGCAUGGCCAGUGGGAGAAACACCAGUGUGCAUAUUGACUGGGCCACAUAGCAAGGAGGUAAACCCCGGGAGCAAGUAAACUUUUUUUGGCAUUUGCACCAGUUAAGCAAUUCUUAUUGGGCUGAAUAGGUUCCAUCUGUAGGUCCAGUAGCGGGAAACAACCAAAAGAAAAUGCCAAAAAUAAACAGCUUUUUGAUGAGAUGCACUACCACCAGGUUAAAGAACACAUAACUAUGUUAUUAUAAACUGCUGAACCAAAACACUUUAGGAAGUAAAAAGUGAAUAGAGGCCAUAAGAUGUGAGACAUGAGCAGUGACAAUGGAAAAACUGUGAGAUCCUGAUAUGUUGAACA